AUGUCUAGCAGAGAAGAUACCUCUGAAGAUAGCUUACUACCUACACCAGCUUCCACCCCAGCUCCAGAAAACGAGUUUGAAGAAACAGACGCCGAAAGUGAUACAGAAGGCAACAACGAAGAUACAUCUUCAGAAUCUUUCCAUUCCACCCACACUUUAGUCCCAAACAAUCCUUCUCCCGCGUUAAUCAUGGCCAAUAAUCAGGCUACCGAUUACGAGACUCCUGCUCAGCGCCAGUCGAUCAGAGUUAAUGGUAUUCUUUCCAAAAUUACCAUCAACAUAAAGCUUGAUGCUACCAAUUACGCACCUUGGUCCGACAGUAUUCGAUUCGGGCUAGGAGCUGCAGCAUCAUACGAUGAAUACCUCGACUCGGAAUCAGCUCAUUCUGAUGGUGUUGAUCCCAGCGUGCACCUAGCUACCAAGAAGAGCAUAUUUCAUUGGUUACUCGCCAAUAUGGAACAGACUCAGUCCACUUGGUUCAUCUCGAUGAUAUCCACUUUCGAAAACGGUGUCAAGAAAACCCCAACAUCUCCAAUGAUACUUUGGAAGUCCAUUCGCGAUUAUCACAUCAGUAACUCUGAAUCUGUCAAGCUUAUGUUAAGAAGCGAAAUCACCGACCUUUCCCAAGGAUCGACCAAAGACCUACUCGAGUACAUUGACAUGUUUCGAGCUAAGGUUGAUGCUUACUUGGGUGCAAACGGUGAAAUGUCUGAGGAAGAGCAAGCUCGUCAAUUCGUUAGAUCUCUUAACAGAGAGUGGGCAGAGAAAGGAUGCGACUUACUUGAUGCUGGUCACGUCAAAUUCAGAGAUCUCGAGAUUGAAUUGAAGAAAACCUAUCAAACUCGAAAGAUGUUCAACUCAGGAAGACAGCAAUCUAGUCGUCAAGAAUCGAUGCAUUGGCCGAGAUCACCCGACAAAGCCACACGAUCCAUCUGA